AUGGCCACUUUUAAUGAAAAGAAGACAUGCAGUCAGCGCAUGGAGAACUUUGGACGUUUUGUAUGGAAUUCUGACACGGGGGAGCUGAUGGGAAGAACUUUAAUCAAGUGGGUAUACAUCAGUCUAUACUAUGUGGCUUUCUAUGUGAUGAUAAUUGGAAUCUUUGCACUCUCCAUAUACUCCCUGAUGAAAACUCUCAGUCCAUAUGAGCCAGACUAUCAGGAUCGACUGAAAUCACCAGGUGUGACAAUGAGGCCGAAUAUAUACAAUGAAGAUGACAUUGAAAUAUGUUUUAACGUGUCUAGUGAAACUUCAUAUAAUAGCUCUGUAAAUGUCAUUUACAAUUUUCUAUCAGUGUAUUCCACAACAAAGCAAGAAGAGAUGAUGAACAAAAACUGCACAAAUGUCAUGGAUGUAAAUUCAUUGCUGUCGGGUUCUGGCCGCAAUAAAUUUGCCUGUCAGUUUACAACUAACAUGCUUGGAAACUGCUCUGGGAAAGAUGAUCCAACCUUUGGCUUCGCAUCUGGACAGCCCUGCAUUCUUAUUAAAAUGAACAGGAUUAUAAAUUUUAUGCCUGGCAACAAGACAGCGCCCUAUGUAAACUGCACAUCAAAUAGUGAAGACAUGGGACCAUUAGAAUAUUUUCCACCAGGAGGGACAUUCGGCUUACAGUACUUCCCUUACUAUGGGAAAAAAGCUCAGCCAAACUAUACCAAUCCAUUGGUAGCAGUGAAAUUCCUAAAUGUUGUAAAGAACACCGAUAUACCUGUGGUAUGUAAAAUAGUUGGACAUGGAAUUUUCUACAGACAAUCCUCAUGA